AGCUCAGUCGUGCUGCAGCCAUCGUUGUGUUAACAUCCCCACACUAUAGUGACUCGAACUGCAGAACGGUUCCUUGGCAAAGGAAAAUGUUUAAGUGUGGAUAUAGUUCGUACAGUUGCUGAAGUACUAUGGCAAGAACAGCCGUAAUCCGAUCCCCAGCGACGGACGGACUUGGUUCCGCGAAGUGCAAGAGCCUCUUUUCCAAAUCGCGAGGUCUAAACGAGAAUGCAUCAGGUGAGAGACCUGGCAACUUAUCAGGAAUCCUUGGAGACCACGCCUUGCCAGGGAAACCGAAGAACUUUGCCCGAAUUUCAGGAAAAUCGAGAAACUUGUCAUGGAAGCCGAUGGAUAAGUCUCACGCGCUAUGGGAGUCGAGGAAUUCUACCCACACAUCAGGAGUCGAGUAAAUCUACUUCCAUGUCAGGGAAGCUGAAAAAUUCUACCCACAUAUCAGGGAAGUCGAGGGGCGUCCCUUAUUUAAAUCCCCUUAAAACUCCAACUAAGGAAAGAGAGCUACAGGAGGAAGACAGUGCUAGCAUUCAGGAAAUCAGACCUCCAUCUAAGAGAAGAAAUAAAUUUGGUUAUGCUGGAACGCACCAAGAAGAAAGCAUGCCACAAGAAAGGAAAGUGGAGCAAACAUUGAAAGCGAAAGCUAGACUGGAUGCUAUAUCUGACAAGAAAAAUCGUAACGGUAAAUGUAUGGCGACCACAGUCAUAGCAAAAGGUCUGGGGGAAGGGGGGAGGCCGUCUCUGGGUUCCGGAUGUGUGAAAUGCUAUACAUGUGGGAAGUUGGUGAAAGAUGUACACUUUAAAGAGCAUUUAUUUUUCGGUGAGAGUGAGUGCACUCGGUGCCAUUGGAAGAUAUCCAGCUGUGAAGCCUUUAGAGUAAACUGGAUAGUUCAGAUAAUGGGUUCUGCAACAUGUCCACAUACUCUGACAUAUUGUAUGACAUCUUCAGAAUAUAUUUCAAACAAGUUAUCACAAGAAUCACCCCUUGGAUUGGACACCAGUAGAUUGAUUUCCUAUGUUUGCUCUCUAAAACAGUUGCAAGUAUCUGAACCGUGGAAAAAGGCAAUUGCUCAGUGUUUGAAGUUUCUGGAUGGAGAGACUUUUCGACCAAGGGAAGCAAAUGAAGAGCACUUAAAUGCUUUAGAAACAGAAACUGCCUUUAGUCUUCCUGAAGAGACUGGUGACUUAAUAAUGUCUCAUUCAUAUAGGUCAAGCAAAACACAGAUAGGCCCCAAGACAAAACCAAAAUCUGCAAAAAGAUGCAAAUCCAAGACACAUUUUAGCAGAGUAAAAGCCAAAAGAGGUGCUAAGAAAAGUAUCAUAGAGACCCCAUUGAAUGGGUAUUACCUCAUUGUCCGCCAUGCAAUUGAGGAGUGUCCCAUGUGUUACACUGAGCUUUGUCCUUCAAGAUUUACUGUGAAUAUAAGUUCUUUCUUCCUUUCUACAGUGUGUGUUGGAUGUGAUUUGACUAUUUACAUAAUUUUUGAUCCUCCUGACGGCUCUGCUCCGAAGAUUUUCAUAGAGACACAACGUGACCCUCCUGGGAAACAAAAGACCUGUCCAACAAAGAGGAAAAUACAAGGCAUGAGGGGAAGCCACGGGUGAAAGACGUCUUUAAAGCUUAAUGUUAUUACAUUCCUUGAUCUGCUUUGUUAUCUAACAUCAUCUAUAUAUCUUUUAUACAUUAGCCUGAUAAUCUAUUAAAAAUGUAAAGCAUA